GCUAACCCUAAGUCAGGUAGUUCUACCCGUCUUGUCACAAGAUACACUAACUAUUCCAAUAUGAAAGUCUUGAUUGUUUUGUUCGCCGUUGUGGCCGCCGUCGCUGCUUACCCAGGUGGCUGGGAGGAUCCAUGGAGCUACGGCUACCACUCUCAUCCGGUAGUCCACCAGCCUCAUUACAGCUACCACCAGCCACACUACGGUUACCACCAACCUCACUACGCCUACCAACACGGCUAUCACGACCACGGUUACAAGCACCACGCUCACCAUGUUGACGCCAUCCACGUUCCCCAACCCCACCCAAUCCCACCACUCCACCCUGAACCACUCAAGUUGAAGGUUCAUCCCCAUGUCACCAGAAUCCACUACGACCACCCCAAGGUCCACCACCCACAUCUCAUUGGCCACGAAGUCCAACACCACGAACCCGAAAUCAAAUUCGUCAAACACGAAGUCCACCACGAACACCACGGACACGGAUGGGCUUAA